AUGGACAGAGGAUGGACAGAGGAUGAACAGAGGAUGGACAGAGGAUGGACAGAGGAUGAACAGAGGAUGGACAGAGGAUGGACAGAGGAUGAACAGAGGAUGGACAGAGGAUGGACAGAGGAUGGACAGAGGAUGACAGAGGAUGACAGAGAGACAGAUGGACAGAGGAUGGACAGAGGACAAGGAUGGACAGAGGAUGACAGAGGAUGGAGACAGAGGAUGACAAGGAGACGAGAUGGACAGAGGAUGGACAGAGGAUGGACAGAGGAUGAACAGAGGAUGGACAGAGGAUGGACAGAGGAUGGACAGAGGAUGAACAGAGGAUGGACAGAGGAUGGACAGAGGAUGGACAGAGGAUGA